AUGGCGCGGGACGUGGAGGUGCAUCGGAUAAUGGGCGAGGGGUCGUUCGGACAGGUUUUCGAGGGGACGUUGUCUGGAGCCAGAGGCGAGAGGCGGGUGGUGCUGAAGCGCGUCAAGAGGCGGGUCGAUGGGGCAGAGGAGAUGGGCGAGAUGGAACACGUUCUCAAUGUGUAUGCCACACGUGUGGCCAAUGGGUGCGUUGCUGACUUCAUUGGGUACUGUGGAGUUGAUGGGAGUGAAGCAAGGGGGAGGCUGACGGAGGGCUUGUGGCUGAUCUGGAAGUACGAAGGGGACCAGACACUUGCGCAUUACUUGAGGCGACGUGACUGCACAAGUGCUUUGGCCAUGGACCUUGGUGUCCCUGAGGAUACUGUCGCAUCGGUCGUCCUCAAGCAGAUCCUGCAGUGCCUGCAGGGCCUUCAUGCUGCAGGCCUUGUGCACCGUGAUGUCAAGCCAGCAAACCUGCUCCUCUGCGACAAGACCAAACAGUUUAAGUUCAUCGACCUUGGGGCGUGCGCUGACCUGCGCUCAGGGACAAAUUAUGUCCCAGAUGAAUCCAUCCUUGACCCGCACUACUGUGCUCCUGAACAGUAUGUGCUGCCAACAGAUGCACCAAACCUUGCGAAGAGCCCCCUGGCGAUGGCAAUCUCUCCCAUGCUGUGGGCAAUGCACAAGCCCGAUAGAUUCGACACCUAUUCGGCAGGCCUCAUCUUCUUGCAACUUUGCCUGCCCUCCUUGCGCACCACAAGUGCCCUCAAGUCGUUCAAUACCAGCUACCAUCGCUGCAACUAUGACAUGACAAUCUGGAGGCGGGGUGCCAGUGCCUCACAUCAGUCACCUGCCCUCGAUGUCGCUGGUGGGGCUGGUUGGAGCCUGGCAGAGGCAAUGCUGCGACCAAGGCUGAUUGAGACGGAUGAGAAUGGCGGGGUGAGGUUUGGUGAUGAUAAGUCAGCCCCAAGGAUUUCUGUGUCAGAGGCACUGAGGCAUCGCUUCUUCCAGCAGGUUGCUGGAGCUCCUCAAGAGUCUAGGCAGAGGUCCUUCCGAGCUCUCAAAGGCUUUGUUCGGAAACUCUUUGAUCUUGAAGAUAGAAUAUUGAAGCAGGCAGUUGCCACAGAGCGCCAGACAACAACUGUCAUGAAGCUCAAAGAGAAGGUGGCUGAGGGAAAGGCACAGAAAGGUGAACUGCAGAGUGCAGAGCAAUCGCUUGCUAAGAUGGAAUCCAAACUCGGAGAGCUGCAGCAGGAAUUCGAGGACACAUCUGACAAGGCCUUCAGCAUGUUUGGGCUGGUGAAGAGUUUUGGGCAAUCCUUUGGAAAGCUGCUCUCACCAACUUCAGAUUCCAGGAAGGGAGGUAAGGUCCAAAGCGGAGAAACGUUGCAGACUGCUGACUCUGCUGGGGCUGGACUGUUAGAAGAUGAUGCCUCUGCAGCAGGAAUUGACAGUAGCCCAACCACUCAGGCCCCGGCAUCUGCAGAGGAGGAGUCUGGAAUUGGGGCACAGGACAGCAAGCCAGAUACUGCCAACCUGGUCUAUGCUGGCCUGAGAUUCACAGGAUUGGCGGCACGCAUUGCUGCUGACCUGGGUUCCGCUUUGGCAUCAAGCCUCAAAGUUGAAUCAGGGAAAAUGAUCGCUGAGCUGGAGAAAACCGCCCAAGCCAAGAAGCACCGCAAGAAGAUCGAACUGGAGUACAUGGAAGCCCUCCGCUCGAUGUAUCCACCUGUGACUGGGACCACCGAGUGGGCUGUGGUGCAGAGGCAGCUGGGAGCCCAGCCAUGCUUCCUUGCAGUCGAAGCUCCCCGCCGGGAGACCAUGUUUGAGGCCUACAAACUGGCGCUCAGGAAAAAGGAGGCAAAUGCUCGCAAGGCUGCUGAAGACGCAUUAAGGGCCCUGUACGAAGAGAUUGGGAUCGGUGCUGAGUCCACCUGGGCUGAAGCUCAACAAAAGGUGAAGCUGGAUGAGCGGUUCCUUGCUGUCAAAGAAGCAGAAGUUCGCCGCAGCAUAUUCGACGAAGUGGUGUCCAAGCAAAGAGAUGCUUUCGCUGAGCAGAGGAUGAUGGAGCAGAGAGAGCAGGAGUUUAGGGUACUUUUGAAAGAGCUCAGAGACCCCCCGAUCUCAUCUUCAUCAAUUUGGUCCCGGGUGAAGCGACAAAUAUUCACCGACCCUCGCUACCAGGCGGUUGCCGAGCCCCGCAGGCGACAGCUGUUCAGCGAGUACCAUGCCAUCGUCGUCGAGGUGGAGGCGGAGGAGAAGGCGAUGAGGGAAGCACGGCAGGCAGAGGAGGAGGCCAAGAGGGAGGCCCAGCGUGAGGAGAGGGAUCGAGCCAUUGCGGCACGAGCGGCUGAGGAGAGUGGGGAUGAAGCUGGGGACGAGGCCAUGUCCCGCCUGCAACAAUUGCGGCAGGAGCAGGCUCGCCUGAAGGAGGAGUACAACAAGAUGGCCGAACGACUGCGCGAGAUGGAGAAAAGGCUUGGGGAGAGGGAAGUGAACACAGCAGAGAGCGACGAGCGUGGAGCUGGCUCAAUCGGUGCCAGCAUGGAUGCGUCAAGCCACUCGACGAGCGGGACCAAUGGCAAUGGCAAUUUCCCGUGA